UUUACACGCACGCCCAGUCAGUGCUGGCCAGACAGCGCCUCGGCAGCUUGCUAACGUUACUCAUUGUAACUGUACGUGUCGGCUCAAGUAUUAGAAGAAUAUCAGCAGCUCGUCAUCAUCAUUUGGCUGUCGACUCUUUGGUUUUACUUACGGAAACUCGUUUUUUUCAUAGCCUACAGUCAAUAGUUCAUUUGUGCGCAAAGUUGGAUAACACACGCUUGGAUACUUGUCACUAUGGGAGGAAGACGCAGAGACGCACCUGGAUCUGACGAGGACUACUCCUUUGUCAGUCCAGUUGUCAAAUACCUACUGUUCUUGUUUAAUUUCAUUUUUUGGAUAAUCUCUCUGGUGAUGGUGGCAAUCGGCGUAUACGCCCGCAUGAUGAAACAUGCAGAGGCCGCUCUGGCGUGUCUGUCAGUGGACCCCGCAGUAAUGCUGAUGGUCGUGGGGGUCCUGAUGUUCAUCAUCACCUUCUGUGGCUGUGUGGGCUCCCUGCGAGAAAACAUCUGCCUUCUGAACACAUUCUGUAUCUGUCUGACAGUGAUCUUCCUGCUCCAGGUGGCUGCUGGGAUCCUGGGCUUCAUCUUCUCUGAUAAGGCCCGGACUAGGGUGACUGAGAUGAUCAACAAUGCUAUUAUCCACUACAGAGAGGACAUUGAUCUGCAAAACCUCAUUGACUUUGGUCAGAAAGAGUUUGGCUGCUGUGGUGGUGUGACGUACACUGACUGGUCCCAGAACCUUUACUUCAACUGUAAGCAGGACAACCCCAGCAGAGAACGCUGUUCUGUCCCCUUCUCCUGUUGUAUCCUAUCCAAAGACAAGGAGCUUAUCAACACAAUGUGUGGCCAGAGCAUGCAGAAGUUAGAGUACAUUGACGCUGGAGACCACAUCCACACCAAUGGCUGCAUAGACAAAAUGGUGAACUGGAUCCACAGUAACCUGUUCCUACUGGGAGGCAUUGCCCUGGGACUGGCCAUACCACAGCUGGUUGGCAUCCUCUUGUCUCAGAUUUUGAUCAACCAGAUCAAAGACCAGAUCGAGCUUCAGAACUACAACCUCAAGCACCGCUCAGACCCGUGGAGCUAACCCAGGUCAGAUCAGACCAGAUUCUGAUGAACAGCACCAGAAACACGGUGACACCAGCAGAUGGGCGGGGGGACAACCACAAAUGCCUGAAAAACAUCUGUCAUCUCUGGCUGGAUUGAGCAAUUGGUAUCAUUGGUCUUUAGACUUAAAACAAAACAAGACCAGUGAAGAGCCAGCAUGUGGACAAACCAUUAAUGUGCUUUCAAACACUUGGCAUGGAAGUGAAGGUCAAUACACAUAAAGGAAACAGGUGGAGAAACAGGACUCUGUCACCACCUACUGGAUAUAGACAAUGUUUGUAUUUACCAAACUUUAUAUGUUAGUACAAGCAGAGGCAGGAAGGGCAUUUGGCUAUCAGGGUCAUAUUGAUGGGAUCACUGACCUAAAGAACUGCAAUUAGUAUAAUCUAUUAUACGUCUUUUUUUGUGUCAAAGACACCAAAUAGGAGUGGGCGUUAAUGCAUAUCUGUGUUAUUGUUUUUUCCACUGUAUCUAUAAUGCUAAAAAUUUUAACUGAAAAGGGAAUAGCAUUUAUAAACAUAUAUUGAUUUUUGUAGACUUUUUUUCAAAAUAAAAGAUUCUCAGUAAUGUUGCUUAUCUAGGAGAUGCAUCUUACAUUUGGUUGAGGUUGUUUUUAUUAAUGUAGUAGCAAUGUGUACAAGAAAUAUAAGUAUGUUUUCCAUUUGUAGUUAAAAUGUGUCAAAUAGAAAGGUCAACCCACUUGAUAAUUUUUUUUUAAGACAAAGCAUAAGCACUGCACAUAUGCUAGGUGGUAUGUAGUUUUGUAUACUAUCACAAGACUAUGGGUUUAAAAAGUAUUUACCUCUGGGCUCCAGAAAUGCCUUGUACCCUUGUUACAAAAAUGAAUAUUAUAACAGUACAGUAUAAUAACCCAUUUUACAUAAUGUUUUUUAAGGUUUCAAUUGACAAUUAACUGUAAACACUCUCCAUAAUAAAAUGGCCAUGUUAGGCUACUUGGUUUUCUUGCUGAGACCUGACACUGCACAUUAUGUCAUUUCCUCCUCACAUUUUAGCCAGCUGACAGCCUGUAUUUGUCUCAGUAUGCUGCCAUUAUAAGUAAAUGUUUGCCAAAUGACAUAGGCUUUGUACUCCAUAUUCUGGACAUGUGUUGUGGCUGUAUAUAUAUUUGAAUCCUGUUCUCACCUCUUCCUUUAUCUUUAUUCUUUUGUAAAAAUGUUCAACUAAAAUACAAAAGAAGUGGGGAAUUCCCAAUUCCCACUAAAGAAAACAGUUGUUUGAUUGCCUGA